CUUCAUCCCAGUGUUUAUAUUCAUUUUUGUUCCCUUUUCUGAACAGCACCUACACGGCAAUAAUGAAUGUUUACUCGAAGUCGAAGCAAUGCAUUGCAAAUCAACAAUAACAAGAGAGAAGCCGGAAAGACGGCAAUGUUGUCUGUUUGCUUUCUCCGUCUCCGGCCGCGUUUCCGAUCCGAAUCUCUACUCUAAUGUCUUACUUUUAAUAUAUUUUUCCCGAAAAAGGGCCAUUGCCUGCCUUGCCUUGCCCGCACUUUCUCCUUUCCUUUUCUUCUCCCUCUCUCCAUCCAUUCAUUCAUUGGUUUGAUUGAUUAUUAUUCUCAGAGUGAGUGAGUGAGUGGGUUUUUUUUUUUGUUUGUGGCACUUUUUAUUUAUACGCUUCUUCUUCCCCUUCCCUCCCACCGUCGUUACCAUCAAACCAUUUCUCUCCUCUCUCACUCUGCAGCUCCUCUGUCUCACAGACAAAACAAACAAAUGGGGUCGAAGCAGCAGCAGCUUCUUCUUUUGCAGCUCCUCUGUCUGUCCUGUCUCACCGCUGCUGGAUCUGAUUCACCCUCCUCCUCCUCCUCCUCCGCCGCCGUCCUUUCUUUUGUGGAGAGCGGGGCCGCCACCACCGCCGUUGCUGCUCCUCAACCUCUCAAUGUUCCCCUCACUCUCAUCCAGGGAGCUGACUCCAAGGGCGCUGUCUGUUUGGACGGAACACUUCCUGGAUACCAUUUACAUCGAGGGUAUGGAUUCGGAGCCAAUAGUUGGCUGAUUCAGUUGGAGGGAGGCGGGUGGUGCAACUCUGUGAGGAGCUGUAUCUACAGAAAGACCACACGGCGUGGUUCGUCGAAAUACAUGGAGAAGGUGAUACCAUUCACUGGGAUUCUGAGCAACAAGGCCGAGGAAAACCCGGAUUUCUUUAACUGGAAUCGGAUCAAGCUUCGUUACUGCGACGGGGCUUCUUUCACUGGAGAUAGCCAGGAUGAGGCCUCGAAGCUUUACUAUCGAGGACAGCGGAUCUGGUUUGCAGCCAUGGAGCAUUUCAUGUCCCUAGGAAUGAAAUCAGCAAACCAGGUCCUGCUCUCUGGUUGCUCCGCUGGAGGUCUGGCAUCCAUUCUGCACUGCGAUGAGUUCGGGGCCUUGUUUCCUCGAUCCACCAAAGUUAAAUGCUUGAGUGAUGCCGGCUUGUUUCUAGAUGCGGUGGAUGUAUCUGGUGGGCGCACUUUAAGGAGCUUAUAUGGCGGAGUUGUCAGCACUCAGCAACUGCAGAAGGACCUCCCAAGUUCCUGUACCAACCACCUCGAUCCAACUUCGUGCUUCUUCCCCCAGAAUUUGAUAGCCAACAUCCAGACCCCAAUGUUUCUUCUCAAUGCAGCCUAUGAUGCUUGGCAGGUUCAAGCUAGUUUAGCUCCACCAACUGCUGAUCCUCAUGGCUACUGGGAUGACUGCAAGAAGAACCACGCCGAGUGUAAUGCGACACAGAUCAAUUUCUUUCAAGACUUCAGGAACCAGAUGCUGAAUGCAGUAAAGGGUUUCUCCAUGUCCAAACGAAACGGGUUGUUCUUAAAUUCUUGCUUUGCACACUGCCAGACCGAAAGGCAGGAUACCUGGUUCGCCGACGAUUCUCCUGUCGUCGAUCAGAAGACAAUUGCACAAUCAGUUGGGGACUGGUACUUCGAUCGCAUGAGUGUCAAAGCUAUUGACUGCCCAUAUCCAUGUGACAGCAGCUGUCACAAUCUUGUUUUCAAGUAGUUUUGUUAUAGGACCAAAAAAGAAAGGAAAUUGAUUCAUGCCCCGAAGGGGAAUCCAUCCUAUUAUAUUGGAAACAAUUCCGCAGGUUUGUAAAACUGUUUGUGUAAGCAUUUAUUUUAAGAAUAAACAAAAGUUCAGAGAAAAGAUUUAUCAGUUGCCUUCUGAUACCCAACCAUUGGAUGCUUUUGUUUCUGAUUUCUACUGUAAAAGAGAUUGAAGGUUCUAAAUGUAUGUGACUGCAGCAACGACGACGUCGUUUCGUAUGUAACGAUUUCCCAGUCAGCUAAGCUUGACAUCUCUGUUGUUGUUGAGUCUUGCACUAAUCAUUCAAUCUCAAAAGAAAGGUUGGUUGUAUGGUCCUCUGUAUUUUUACGUCAGUUGGUUCAGUUUCUUUUCUGAAAAGAAAGGUCGUUUAAACUUCAAACGCAAGUCAGCUUUUUCUGAACCAUUUCGUUUCAUUUGUGGGAAAAAGAACAAAAGGUGACAAAGAAGAAACAGAGGUUAGGUUACAAAAGACGAAACGGCCCACCAAAAAUAAAGGGCCCAAACACGUGAAAUCACUGAUGAUUUCCAAGGCCCAUACAUAGAGGACAAAACCAUCCCACUGACCCAUCGCCGUCACUAUAUAACAUCACAUUGUCAUCAAGAAUCACAUUUGAUUAAAAAGCUUAUUAAAAUGUUAUAAGUAAAAGUUAGAUGAACUUAUGAAAUCUUUGUGUCUCUCCAUUUAAUUUUUGUAUAAUUCAAACAACAAAGACCUUAUAGUAAAAUUGGGUUUAGCAAAUCCAUUCCCAAACACCCAGCGAAUUAAUCGUAAUGAACAGUAAUCUGGAUUAUUCGGUUACUUGCGAUUUAAUGAUAUAAUAAUAAUAAUAAUAAUAAUAAUAAUAAUAAUAAUGAUGUGUAGUUAGGGGACCAUGGAUUAGUACUAAUCUUUAAAAAGAUAGGUGGCAAAAUCCUAGGAGGACAUUUGGAAUUGUGUAAUUGGAGCAACGUCUUUGUUUUCCCUAUCUUUUAUGGUCAAAGAUAGGUCCCACCAAGACUCGUUAACCACAAUGCCUCAUUAAUUAUGAAGCUGCAGCUAUUGGAGUAUUUGGUUGUUGAUAUUUGGAUGCAUAGUUAGUAAAAUAUGGUACGGGAAAGUUACGUAAAAAAUACGUACGGGUAUUUUACAUCGUCUCCAAGUUAAAGGUACGUUUAAUAGUACGUUAAUAGUAAUAAAUAUAUAAAAAUAAAUUAUUUUAUAAAUAAAUAAAUAUAUAAAUAAUAGUAAAGUUCACAAUUUAAUUUAUUAAAUACGGAUAUUAAACGUGUUUAGUACGGGAGCCAUCCAAGGAACGGAAAAAAAUGAAACGGCUUGACAAUAAUACGGAUACGGAAGUUUUAAACGGAUAAAGUACGUACGGGUACAUAUACGUGUAUUAAACGGAGUAUUUACUAACUAUGUUUGGAUGUGGCUAAUACCACAUGUAAAGUAUAAGUGUUGUGAUUUGGAUACGUCAGCCAAGACAUGCAUUUGGGAAAGCUAGGUAGCUGGGAAUCGGAUUACCUUACCUAAAUCAACUAUACUCAUGAUUAUGGGUAGGAUAUGGGUAAAGUCUAUACAAGUUUGGAGUUUGUAUCGGUAUUGCUUUCAUAUUAUUAGAUGAUUGGGUAAAAUAUCAAAGUUGGGAGUAGAUGUCUAUUUUACUUUAGGUACUAAAUCUAAAGAUAUAUUAAGUUUAGGUACCAAAUUGUAAUUUGUAUAUGUGUAUGGGUGCAAUCCCAAGUCCAUUGAUUAAAAACUCAACCCAAAUAAAUGUGUAUGAAUCCAUCAAACUCCUACCCAUUUAUGAUUUUACCUUGUAUUUGAGUUUCAUACCCAACACAAUUGGGUUGGAUAAGAAAAUAAUCGUGAAUUC